CCACUGUCAAGAUUCCUUGGCCCAGUAGUCCCGUCAGAUUUUACUUUGCUUUAAAAACGGAACCGGAAAUUUUAUUUUCCCGAACACUUCACCAUAAGGCAUACGAUAGCAGAGAAUCAGAGAUUCGAGAACAAGAUAGCGUUGAAGCAUCGGCAAAGUAACAUAUAAAUACACUAAAAAAGCUUACAGAGACUCGUGUUCGGUGCUUCAAUGGCGGAGAAAACUCAACCUGUUCGCGUUCUGUACUGUCCAGUGUGUAGUCUUCCCGCAGAAUACUGUGAAUUUGGUCCGGAUUUCGAGAAAUGCAAGCCUUGGUUGAUUGAAAACGCCCCUGACCUAUAUCCCGAUCUCAUCAAAGAAGCAAAUGAGAAGGAAGCUAACAAGGUUUCCGAACAGCUUCAAUCGGUUGGAAUUUCUUCCGCCGGUUCUGAUGGUUCCGCUCCUGCUCCCUCUGGAGGCACGUCAACCUCUAAGAAAGAAGAAGUAAAACGUCUUCCUGGUGGAAAGAUAAAGAAGAAGGAGAAGCAAGAAGUUGUUAUUGAAAAAGUUGUUCGUAACAAACGCAAAUGUGUCACCAUUGUGAAAGGACUGGAACUUUUUGGAAUUAAACUCAGUGAUGCUUCCAAGAAACUUGGGAAAAAAUUUGCUACAGGGGCAUCUGUUGUUAAGGGACCAACUGAAAAGGAGCAAAUUGAUGUUCAAGGAGACAUAUCCUAUGAUAUCGUGGAGUUCAUUACAGACACCUGGCCUGAUGUGCCAGAAACUGCUAUUUACUUCAUCGAGGAUGGUAGAAAGGUGCCUGCUGCAUAACUUGGUGUUAUAAGAUGAAUGUUGGUGCUGACUUUUGACUGGAUAGCAUAAAAUUUGUGCAAAAUAUCAAGAAAAAGGGCAUUAUGUCUUCCACUCUAGAUGGGUGACUUCUCACACGAUUUAUUAUGCUUCCAUGUAAACAGGUCCCCUGAAAAGGAAACAAAGAAAAUUGAGAAUGUAGUAGAAAGGCCAAUAGUAAAGUUCCAAUAGAUGGGAUGUCAUAUUGGUUAGAAACCUAAUCUUUGAUCUUGUUGGAGAUAAAUACUUUUAUUUUGUAGUUGAAAAUGUGUAGAAAAAUGAUGGAUGUUUUAUGUUC